AUGCCGAAACAAAAGCUGCACCGCCGCGUGCCGCCGAAGAAUGGCUUGGACUCGCUUCCUAUUCCCAUUCCCACUCCCAUUCCCACUCCCAUUCCCAUUCCCUUUGUGGGUGGCGGCAUCGCCUUCCUGUGCCUGUGCGCCGUGGCCAGCGUCGGCGGCACCACCCGCCCGGCGAGCACCCGACGCCCACCGCCGACGACGACGAGCACCGCCCGCCCCACACGACCGCCCCGCCCCACCCGGCGCAGCUGCCCCCUCUUCCCGGAGGUGUGCUCCCGCAGCAGCCCGAGGGUUUGCGGCAGGACGCCGCGCGGCGAGUGCCAGCGCUUCGAGAACAUCUGCCACCUGAUGCUGGCCAACGUGCUCCGACUGCCCGAGGGAGUGCGCCACACCCGCGACAUCGAGUGCCGCAACGUGCGCGGCGACGGCCCCGCCCACCGGCGCCCCUGCUACGAGCCCUGCCCGCCACGCCCCGUCGUCUGCCGCCGCUCGCCGCCCAGCCAGCAGAUCUGCGUGCGCAGCAGGAGCGGCAGCCAGUGCAAGGUCCUCGCCAACAAGUGCCAGCUGCGCAACCAGAACUGCCACAGCCAGCCGAGGAACAACUGGAUCCGCACCGACAAGAGGCGCUGCGGGCAGCUGCAGCUGGGCGACAAGCCACAGGACUGCCUCAGGGUGCCGCCCAGGAGCACCGCGGCGCAGCACCACCCGGCGCACCACCACCCAGCGCACCACCCGUCGCCCCACCACCACCGCCAGAACCACCAUCUAAGCGGCAAUCAGGGCGAGAGGAACUAG